UUCUUUCUUAUUUUUCAUCUUUAACGAAAAGAAAGAAAAUGUUGAAGUUGUUUGGUCGUGAAAGGCCGAUCCAUGAAAUACUUGGAAGUGGAAAAGUCGCAGACAUUUUAUUAUGGAGGAACAAAGCUAUAUCAGGUGCGCAUUUUAUUGGCAUGAUGGGGAUAUGGUUUCUUUUUGAGGUUGCAGAGUAUAAUCUUGUGACAUUUUUUUGUCACGUGACAAUCACCACCAUGCUUGUAGUAUUUAUUUGGUCAAAUGGAGCUCGAGCCUUCAAUUGGACUCCACCCAAUAUCCCGGUAAUCCAACUUGAGGAAUCAAUGUUAUAUAAAGAUUUAUGUGAAAAAGUGAACUUCUUCAUGUUGACGCUCAUCAACAUUGCAUGUGGAAAUGACAUUAUACACUUUUGUUUGACACUUCUCGCUAUUGAGUUACUAGCAAUGAUCGGGAACUAUGUCUCCACACCAAAUCUUCUUUUUAUAGUGUUGGUGUGCAUGGGGACGCAUCCACAUUUGUACGAGAAGCAUGAAGCGAAGGUUGAGAGUUUGGUUGACCUGAUUAAUCAAAAAGUUUUCGAGAUAUACAAGACGCUCAACGAAAAUAUUAUUUCGAAAAUACCAAAAUGGCCUAAGAAAACCGACUGAUACUAGAUCGACUAAACGAAUCCGUCAAACAAUGGUGUUCAUUUAUUUGUCACAAACUUACAAUGAACACGUACUACUACACGCAGGUUUAUAUAACCUAGCUAAAAUACCUAAUAUAACCUGGAAAUUCAUGUGAAAUAUGUUUCACGAAGAUAUAGCGGGGUGGUAAAACAAUGUAUAAGUUAAUGAAAACGAAUUAAAGUGACAUUUUAGAUUA